AUGUCAGGCGACCCGAUCGAGAUGGACACCAAAGCGUCCCUCCAACAACUCCGCUCGCCUGAAACCCUGUCUGCCCUUCAGGACGUCCAGCGACGUGACUCGCAGAACAUGAGCGAAUCUCCGGACAGCGCUGGGGAAGAGGAAGUGUCCGGCCUAGACACUGGCAGGCCGAAGCGCGCAAAGCGAUCGCGCGCUUGUGUGGCGUGUCGAAACAUGAAGAUUCGAUGUCUUCCAGUCGAAGGACAGCAGGCCUGUAGCAGUUGCGCCAAAGUCAACCGGCAAUGUAUCAUGCCAGGACCGCCUCGAAAACGGCAAAAAACCGUUCACAAGGUGGCCGAGCUGGAGAAGAAAAUCAAUGCAUUGACCGACGCCCUGCUGGCGAAAGGACAACAAUCCUCAGAACCGUCGUCCACGCACGAGUCGCCCGAUAAAGACCACCAAUCGACGAGCGCCAGCACUGAUCCUCCCAGGACCGAAGCGACUACGAAUACCAGUUUGGAGUACGACCAUCAGGUGAUGGAGAAAGUCUUGCCUAAAACGCCCGAAUUCGAGAGAGCCUGCAAUGCCCUGGAGUCCACAGAGCCGCCUGCCCGUGAAACCUAUGUGGACGUGAUUGAGCGUGGUAUCCUCAGCUUCGAGGCUGCCACAGCAAUGUUCAACUACUGGGUGCACAAAAUCGCGAGUAUCUGUCCGCUCGUCCUCUUUCCCCCAGGAACGGAAGUGCAGGAUAUUCGAGCACGACGUCCGAUGUCAUUCCUGGCCUUGCUGACGGUCGUGAGCCCGCUGAUCGAGCCUUCUGUUCAGCCGGCACUGUCCGUUGAACUCAACCGACAACUAUCGGAAAGAGUGCUUUUCCAUGGAGACAAGUCGUUGGACCUUACACAAGCAAUGCUUGUCCAUGCGCAGUACUAUCUCCGACCUCGGGGCGCGAGAGACCUUGCCUUCAAUCAGUAUAUUCAUUCCGCGAUUGUCAUGUCCCUGGAUUUAGGUAUAGGCAAGAGAUCCAAGAUUGACCGGACACGGAGCCCUGCUGAGAGGACAGAACUGGCACGAACAUGGUUGGGUUGCUACAUUUCGGCCAUUGCUGUCUCGACCAUACUUCGACUUCCAGCAUUCAUCAAGUUCAACUCGCGCAUUGAAGAAUGUCUAGAAAUCCUAGCAAACAGUCCCUAUUCCCUGCCCAGCGACAAAUGGCUUUGCUCACUCGUACGACUCCUCCAUCUUGCCGAAGAAGUCUCUGUCGUAUUUAACAUGGACGAUCCUGGAGCCGAGUUAAACUUUACCGAAGCCAGAACUCAACAUCAGCUCAAAUAUUUCCAACGUCAACUCAAGCUCUGGGAGAAGUCUGUCGAUGCCGACAUGGAUCCUUUAAUCAUACAACAUCAAAAGGCCUGGCUCACGCUCUACAUCCACGAAAUCGCCAUCCACGCCGACCAUAACGUCGAUGACUUCCGGCCAGGAGCACCGUACAAUGACCACCGCAAAGGACCGGAACUCAUCAGUUCCAGCCACGUCGAAGCCCUAACGACUCUAUUCGAAGCCAGCCACCAAGUUCUCGACACCUGGCUUGCCCUUGAUGUUCCUUGCGCGCGUUGCCUGCCUAACAUGUACUUGGUCCGCAACGCGUAUGCCAUGGUGGUCUUGAUCAAACUGCACUGGAUCGUGCAUGCCCCGGGUUCCGAACUUGAAUCGGUGUUCCCCACGGAUUUCCGAACCGAACACUAUCUCGAUGCCGUCAUCAAUCGACUGGCGGAGGUGUCGGCGGGCGGCCACAGUCCCUUUGCCGAGGCGUUUGGGUUCGUGUUCAAAAAACUCAAGACCUGGCAUCAACAUCGCGGAGGACAGUUGUCGGACGAUGAAAUGGGGGGCGAAAACGAGUUGCGACGGAGGCAGGCUUCCACCAUGCUGCAGAAUGAUACCACAACAAUCAUUCACUCGGCCAAGGAUGGUACUCUUCAUUCAAGGAAUGCGCCUUCCACGUUGCCCUAUACCACCAUGCCUGCCAUCAUGCCUGGGCAAUGGUCAGCGUCGGACAAAUUGGGAUCCAAUCUGAACGCUGCUUACGAUGCCGCGAGCUACGGAAACACGAAUUGGGAUCAGUUUAAUUUUACCUCGGAAGAGAUGGAUUUGUUUGAUGUGUACAUGAACAACAACGGAUGGAUGGGAUAUCUUCUUUAG